GUGCCACACCCAUACGGCAGCCUGAGCCUUAUUGGCGAUCACGUGCGGACGCCGCGGCAAAAAUACCCAACCCUAUGUACGCCUCCAAUGCAGGCACCACACCCAUGCAGCAGCCUCAGUCACUGCGAUCACGUGCUGACGCCGCUGCCAAAAUGAUCAAUCCUAUCUACGCUUCUGGUUCAGCCGACCCACCCAUGGACCAGCCCCAGACUGAUAACCAGGCACGUGCGAACGACGAUGAAAAUGCACCCGAGGUCACGUACGCCACCAUACCAGACGACGCACCCAUGGACCAACCCCAGGCACGUGCGAACGACGAUGAAAACACACCCGACGCCACCAUACCAGACGGCGCGUAUCCGGGUGGAGCGAGCGGCUG